AUUCUACAGAACACUAGUGCACGGCAUGUAACUGAAGAGUAGUUAGUUUGCCCAGGAAAAAGGGUGUUAGCAGCUUUGAGAAGUAGCAUUUUAUUAGUUCAGCUUGCCACACUUCCUUUGGAAACUGGAAGUAGUAUUGAACAAAUAUGAAUAGUAAUUAAUAGUAACCGCUGUGUCAGAUUUGUUUUCCCUAUGGAGAGGUUUGAGAAAUGGUUAAUGCAUGGUUUGCUGAGAGAGUUCACACCAUUCCAGUCUGCAAGGAAGGAACCAAGACCCAGAGUGAAUCCUGCUCUUCUCACCAGCCUGCCUGCGCUGAGACCACCAAUCCUGGGACUCCAGCAAGGAAAAUCUCUGCUUCUGAAUUUGACAGACCCUUAAGGCCCAUUUUUGUCAAAGACUCGGUAGGAGCAGUGAGCUUCCUCUCUGGCUCUGAAAAGAAGGAACAGAUGCCUCUGCAAUCUCCACGGAUUGGGACCAGCGCAGGGGAUCAGUGCUCAAGGCUCUUAGAACUCGUGAAAGAUAUUUCUAGUCAUUUGGAUGUCACAGCACUUUGCCACAAAAUUUUCCUACAUAUCCAUGAGCUGAUAGCAGCUGAUCGUUAUUCCCUGUUCUUGGUCUGUGAGGACAGCUCUAACGAGAAGUUUCUUGUAAGCAGGCUGUUUGAUGUGGCAGAAGGCUCCACCCUGGAAGAAGCUUCAAACAAUUGCAUCCGCCUGGAGUGGAACAAGGGCAUCGUGGGUCACGUAGCAGCUAUAGGCCAGCCUCUGAACAUCAAAAACGCUUAUGAGGAUCCAAGAUUCAAUGCAGAAGUCGACCAGAUCACCGGCUAUAAGACUCAGAGUAUUCUUUGUAUGCCAAUAAAAAAUCACAGAGAAGAGGUUGUUGGUGUGGCUCAAGCUAUCAAUAAGAAAUCUGGAAUUGGUGGAACCUUCACUGAGCAAGAUGAAAAGGAUUUUGCUGCUUAUCUGGCAUUUUGUGGCAUUGUUCUUCACAACGCUCAGUUGUAUGAGACAUCUUUGCUUGAAAACAGACGUAAUCAGGUGCUUCUUGAUCUUGCCAGCCUGAUUUUUGAAGAGCAGCAAUCUUUGGAAGUAAUUUUGAAGAAGAUAGCUGCCACUAUAAUAUCUUUUAUGCAAGUGCAGAGGUGCACCAUUUUUAUAGUGGAUGAAGAUUGUACUGAUUCAUUUUGUAGUGUUUUUCACAUGGAAUCUGAGGAAUUAGAAGAUUCAGCUGAAAAUCUCAAGAGAGACUAUGAUACAAACAAAAUCAAUUAUAUGUAUGCUGAAUAUGUCAAGAAUACAAUGCAGCCCCUCAAUAUCCCAGAUGUCUGCAAAGAUAGAAGAUUUCCCUGGACAAAUGACAAUGCAGAGAAUGUAAGCCAACACAUAAAGAGUUUGCUGUGUACACCAAUCAAAAAUGGGAAAAAGAAUAAAGUGAUAGGGGUUUGCCAGCUUGUGAAUAAGAUGGAAGAAAACUCAGGCAACAUCAAGGCUUUCAACAGAAAUGAUGAACAGUUCCUGGAAGCAUUUGUCAUCUUUUGUGGCUUGGGAAUCCAGAAUACACAGAUGUAUGAAGCUGUAGAAAGAGCCAUGGCCAAGCAGAUGGUGACGUUAGAGGUUCUCUCAUACCAUGCUUCUGCUGCUGAGGAGGAAACGAGGGAGCUGCAGGUAACAGCGGCUGCUGUAGUACCAUCUGCACAAUCUCUCAACCUAACUGACUUCAGCUUCAGUGAUUUUGAGCUAUCAGAUUUUGAAACAACACUGUGUACAAUUCGAAUGUUCACAGACCUCAACUUGGUGCAAAAUUUCCAAAUGAAGCAUGAGGUUCUUUGCAGAUGGAUUUUAAGUGUAAAGAAAAAUUAUCGGAAAAAUGUUGCUUAUCACAAUUGGAGACAUGCCUUUAAUACAGCCCAGUGCAUGUUUGCUGCUUUAAAAUCUGGUAAAAUUCAGAGCAAACUGACAGACUUAGAAACACUUGCUUUGCUGAUAGCAACUCUAAGCCAUGAUUUGGAUCACAGAGGAGUGAACAACUCUUAUAUUCAAAGAAGUGAACAUCCACUGGCUCAACUGUAUUGCCACUCAAUCAUGGAGCAUCACCAUUUUGAUCAAUGCCUUAUGAUCCUGAAUAGUCCAGGAAAUCAGAUUCUCAGCAGUCUUUCCAUUGAAGAAUACAAGGCCACACUGAAAAUGAUAAAACAAGCAAUUCUUGCCACAGACCUAGCACUAUAUAUAAAGAGGAGGGGAGAGUUUUUUGAACUUCUAAGGAAGAAGCAAUUUAAUUGGGAAGAUCCUAUGCAGAAGGAGCUAUUUUUAGCAAUGCUGAUGACUGCUUGUGAUUUGUCAGCUAUAACCAAACCAUGGCCAGUUCAGCAACGGAUUGCUGAGCUUGUAGCUACAGAGUUCUUUGACCAAGGAGAUAAAGAGCGGAAAGAACUCAACAUAGAACCAACAGAUCUAAUGAACAGAGAGAAGAAAAAUAAAAUUCCCAGCAUGCAGGUUGGAUUCAUAGAUGCUGUUUGUUUACAGCUGUAUGAGGCCCUAACACACGUAUCAGAGGCCUGCUACCCCUUACUGGAUGGCUGUAGAAAAAAUAGGCAGAAAUGGCAAUCUUUAGCUGAACAACAAGAAAAGAAUCUGAUUAAUGGAGAAAGCAAUCAAGCCAAGAGGAACUGAGGUGCUGAUUUGACAACCACAAGGUUAAGUUCACAUAGAAGACAUAGUAAUUGGGGAGUACUGCGUUUUGCUAAACACUGUAUGGAUUUGGCUUAUGUUUUGCCACUGCUGUAUUACUUUUCCACAUUUUAAAACACAGCAUGACCAUGUAUAUGCCAAGGUUAUAUAAAGAUUGUAUAUUUCUUCUAUUUCAUCUGAGUGAGAUGGAAAAAAGAUCUGCAGAGUUAGUUUAUGCUGCCCUAUUCUACAAGAUGGUACGAGACUUUGAGAGCCUAUUACCUUAGAGAUGUAUAUAGUUGUUUAGUGAUCAUGUGUGGCCAGUAUGUUAAAGACUACUGCAUUCUGCACCUUUUUUCCUCUUUCAAUCUUGCUGUGUUAGGUUAUGUAAGUAAUGAGCAGUGUUGCCCAUUCUCUUCUCAGAGGUUUAGCAGAAGGUUUGGAACUAACUCUGGGGAGCCUAAUCCAGCAUAUAGUAUGCUAACCUCUUUCAGGAGACAGAGUAGGACUUUUAAAUGGAAAAGCCCGAGAUUUGUUUAGCCAGUAGCUUUUUCGUAUUAGAAGAAUGUCUCAACAAAAUGUCUUACAUUUGGAGAAGUUUUAAAAAACCCUGCAAGCUGCUAGGCAAUGGGGCUUAUUAUGAGUUUCACAGUCGAAGUAUCAUAAUUAUCCAUGGAUGAAGAUAUAUAUGCUUAACAAGUGAUGAAAAGUCACAACUCAACAUUACUGACAGGCUGCCUUGGAAGAAUGCUUCUCAAAGAAGGCUGCAAGAAGCAAACAGAAAAAUGGAAACUAAACAAGAUCAGUUUUGUAUGCUGGCUUUAUCUUCAUUCUGAAGAGAAAUUUAACAUCAUCAUAACCAAUGUAAGCAAGGGUAGGAAAAGUAGAAGAGACUGUGACUGGAAGAGCAAGAGAUGAGAAUCCAGUUCAGACUGACCUAGGAAUGGCAUACUUGUGGUGAUUGCUAGUGAUGCUGGUUUUUCAGGCCAGUGCUAUUAUGAAAUGACUAUGACCACUUCAAAAAACUGCUUCAGAUUUCAAAAAGUUUUAGGAUAACAUCUUUUAGAAAUCAUUUUUAGCACUAGCUAAUAUCAACAAUUGUUAAUCACUAAGUCUUAAAGGAAAAAGGAAGACUGAAAACAAAAAUGGCUGAGAAUACUACAGGAACUUAUUAUUUGUAUAGAGGACAUUAACAAGUAUUAAAAAGAGACCAAUUAACUUGCAAUAUGUUGUUUUUAAAUCUGUGACAAUGGAUUUUUAAUUAAAAUUGGCAAUAAUUUUAGGCAAAAGCUAUACAAUUGGGACUGUACUCUGAAGUACAGUAAUUUACUUGUAUAACAGAAAAUUGUAGUUGGAAAACUGCAAAAAAAUCUUCUUCCCAGGAAAUUAUUAAUCCCACCUACAGCGGCUGGUCAGAAAGACAGUGAAAACAACCUCUCUUUAUCAGUCUCUAUUUAGAUAAGAAGUACCAGAAGAUAAUAAAAUAUGAAGCCAAUGUUUCAAAAUAUUCCACAAUAUUGAGUUCCAUAACAGAAGUUCCUAAAAAUGUAGAAAAAGAUAUUCCUAUGGUCUGCAGUAUUUCUACCAACCUAAAUUACUUGUCACUGAUCAAAUCUUAUCUCUAAUUUCCCUUAUGACUACCAAUAAUACAUUGUUGCAGAGGAAUUUGAAAACAUUUUUCUACAAAAGUAUUAUAAAAUAGCUAUUUUUUAAGAUUUUUCCAAAAUGUUAUGGAAUGCUGUAAUAAUUAAGAAUUCCAGGGGCACUGUUAUGCAGUAUUGCAUGUGUGUAUUAUAUGCAUAGACUGUACAAUGUAUGUGUAUGUAUAUAAUAUACAUCCUAUUUAUGCAGAAAAAAUACAGUGGUCCCCCCUGAAAGUUUUCAGUCCCUUUUUGAUAAACAGGAAAUUUUGCUUCAGGAUUUGCAUAGUCCUAGUAUUGUCUUUCUUUUCCUUGGAUGCUUCAGACACUGAAAUAUAAUCAUUAACUAAGUCAACUCCUAAGAUACAUAUUUAAUAUAGACCUGAACAAAGUAUAUGUAUAUAAAGGCGUAUUGUGCUAGUACAGCUGAGACUAGUAAUUCAUGAUAACAACACAGCAAAUCAACUAUAGUAAUAUUACAGUAUAGUGACAUAUCAUUUACAUUAACGAUAUCCCAGUAUUUAUAUUUCUCUGCUAUAUUGUGUCUUCAGCAUAGCUUUAUUACUGUAACAAAGGAGUGCUGGAUUCAUACCUUUGACUUGAGAAAAACACACAUAACAGGUUGCAUUUUUAAAAAGUUCCACUUAAAAUGUACGCAGUCAUACAGUAAGUGCACAUAUUUAGGUACACAUCUUUACACAUUUAACCCACAGAAUUUCUUCCACUACAAAGAUCAGAACAAAUAUAAAAAUAUAGAUUACAGUAAAUAUGUCAUCUAAAUGUUGUAAUACACCUGUAUUUGUAUAUAUUUCCACAAAACUAAACCUUUAAACUAUUGGUUCAAGGACUUUAAAGCAUAGCUUGCUAUACUCCAUGAAAAUUCAGACAGUGAUCAAGUUAUUUAUACAGUGCUUCAGUCUGCCUGAAGGCAAAAAUCAAAGGAUGCUGGUUUUGUCUCAUGGCUUUUGUGAGGACUAUGCACAGAAAAUUGUUCUCACAUUUUAUAAUGUAUAUAGAUGACAACAUGAAAAACACCAGGCUGUUCUCUGCCUGAAAAUCACUGCAUUCAGGGCUCAACAUUUUCGAAAUUAGCUACUGGAUUAUAGCCAUGCAGCUGUCAUUAAUCUCAUCACGAUUUGUGUAUCCAAUUAUUUUAGUCAGGUCCCAGACACAUCCUACCCUAAUUCAUAUUGCUUAGAUAAAGAAAUCAGCAAGGACUGUGCAAGAUAUAAGCCAAAAUGGAGUUUAUCGAUUUGCUAGUUCAGUCUUAAUUCCACUAAAGCUAUUGUGAAAUUUGAUAUUGAAGUUCUGGGAUGCAGAAUUUGUCCCACUAUCUUUCUAAUACUUUUCUCAAUAAAGACAUAUAAGUUAGGAUCCUAUUUGUUCUCAUAUACAUACAUAUUUUCCUAUGAAGUCACCCCACAGCACAGUUUAGUGCUUAGAGUACACUUUUGUUUCUGUUUUUGUUCCUCUUUUGAAAAAAAUAACUUGGUAUAUAUAUUAACAUCUAAAAAAUUGUUGCGUGACCCUAGCUCUUCUGAUUAAAAAUAACAGAGGCUCUUAAGGUGUAGAUAGCACUUCUUUUCCAACAAGUUAGUCAAUCAUCUAAUAUUAGCUGUAGAAUGUAUAGAUUCUAUUAUCUCACACAGUAAAGGAAAGAAGGGUAAAAUAAGCCAUCAGUCCAAUAAUGUCUUAUUUGUAAUCUAGAUUGUGGAGAUACUAUUGAUCUUUGUAGUUAAGAGAGGAUGACUCUCAGAUCUGCACAAAAUGCAAGUACCAGUGGGCUAGUGAUAAAAGUGAAUAAAGUAUUCCAUUGAUUACUAGCUGAUUUCUCCUUAGAGACUACAGCCUGAUUUUAUGUAUUGCCCUCUGCCAACUGAGUACAUACAAAGGUAAGUUUCUGAACUCCAUUUCAACCCAUUUUAUCUGGCACUGGCAUGAACUGCCAGUUUCAAAGCAGUGUCUAAUUCAUAUCUAAGAUUUUUCAAAAUUAUAGGAUAGUUGAUUAUUUCAACCCAUUUUUAGAGAAACAUAUAGUCCUUAAAAAUUAGGAGGUAUUACCUGAGUGAUCUGGUUUGGGCCCCUUUUGUUAUGCAUAAGAACCAUAGUGGAGAAUACUGAUGGAAAAAAUGCUCAACUCAAAAUAAAUUCAUACACUUGUAAGGGUUUUAUGGAGAUCUAACAAGGCAAAGUUUUACAUUAGUUUUAGUUAGGAAUCUUGUCUCUGACACCGUAGGUUCUUCUUCAUGUCAAAUCACAUGCAGUUUACAGUCCACAGGGAUUCAGCUUUAUUUUACAACUGUCUAUUCUAUAAUACAACACCAGAGAACUGCUUCAGGGACAUACACUAGUUUGAAAGAUAAGCUUGAAUUCUGGAGCUUGAAUUAAAAUCUGAGUUUGCCCAAAGUAUGAGAAAUAAUGAGGGCUGGAGUUUCAGUUUGGAUUUUACAGGAACAAGAAACAUCACAGAGUCUAGCCUGGUAAUUAGUGACAUUUGCUUAAUAUAGAAAAUUGUCACAUCAAAAUAUUUUGUCUUUGUCAUUGCUAGAUGAAUGAAAAUUGCAUGGGAAAGUUUAUUUUCCACACACACAAAAAAAAGAAGUACAUUUCCAUAGAGAAACUCAUAUCUAAGUACCACUGUUUGUAAACGUAUACUAAUGUGACAAUGCUAUUUAAUAGCUAGUUUCCACUAACUGCUACAGCAUGAGCUUGUCAUGCCAGGGCCUAUGGUAUGCUUAAAUGCCCAUUUGAAGUUAAUUAAAUGAUUCCCAUUUACUUCAGUGGGAGCUGGAUCGAGCUGUAUAGAAGGUGAAGGGAUGGGUCAAAUCUACCUUUUUUGCCUACACAUGUAAAGAGGGACCAAAUUCAUACCCUUGGUAACACCUGCUUUACCCAUUCUUUACUGUAUUCAGCUAUUCCUGCUGAUGCCCAAUGUACUUUACAGAUGUAACUGAAGUUAGAAUUUGAGCCCUCUAUGUAUUCACAUGGCAGACACACAUGUGUCUCAAAGAAUGUAGUGUGAAAUGCACUGUAAAUAGUUUUAAUAUACACUUCUAUUAUAGUUUAAUAAAAAUCUUAAUCACAAUCACCA